CUAGGGGCUGAGUUGGAGAUUUGUGAACAGCGGGAGAGGAGCUGACACUGGAAUUUUAACCUGGAGCGGGACUCGUCAACUUGUCUAAGGAUUUAUCCCCGUUUCUGGUUUCACUUGCCUGUGAGGCUUGAAUGAAUAUAAACACAUCGACUGAAAUGUUUUCGUAUCGAAGAUUUUUUCGGAUCGUUUAAUUUUGCCCCCCGUCUCUGAGUUUGAGACUGAGUUUCCCUGCGCAGUGUAAACUCUCCUCCUCUCGAUGGCGGAGCUGAUCGAGCUGCGAGACCUGAGAGAGGACACGCUGAUUCCCGGCAGCAGCCGCUCGGUGUACCGCUCGUCCGGCCUGGAGAGGACCAACGCCAUGAGGAUCAGUCCCAGGAGCCGGGCUUCCAGCGUCCAGAGCCCGGGUAAGACGGCCAGGCAAGAGCGGAGGAGCAGGCAGCAACUGCUGGUGAUGGACCAGGAGCCGAGACAGACCGAGAAACUGGGGGAAGGACACGAUUUCAAUCCUUGCACCCAGACUCAGCCCAGCUGGUGUGACCUGUGCGGCGACUUCAUCUGGGGACUCUACAAACAGAGCCUCCAGUGCGCGAAUUGUAGGUUCCGUUGUCACUACCGCUGCCGACCCCUGAUUCAGUUGGACUGUAACCGGCCAAAGACUAAGAGAUCGGACGUCACGGAAAACACACUGGAACAAGACACAAAUGUGAUGACGUGGACCAGCACUAGCAGCAGUGGUUACUGCAGUCAGGAAGAAGAUUCAGAGUUUGAACAGUUCUUCACUGCCAGGACCUCCUUCAUCAAGAAACCCAGGAAGUACAAGGAUGAGUGCGUUGAUUGGAAGAAGCAAGUUCUUUCACGAGAUGAAAUUGAACCCAAGAUUCAAGAGUACAACUCUCAGAUCAAUAAUGAUCUCUUGAUGACGCUGAACAGUGACGGAACGUACACCGGGUUCAUUAAGGUUCAGCUGAAGUUGGUGAGACCUAUCUCCGUGUCUGCAAACAUGAAGCCUCAAUCAAUCUACGAUGCCAAGAAAGCAAUGGGACCGCCCCGCGCGCAGCCAAUAAAACGACGCACAUCCUUCUACCUCCCGAAAGACACAGUGAAGCAUUUGCACAUCAGUAGUCACACGAAGGCCAGUGAGGUGAUCAAAGCGCUGCUCAACAAAUUCAUGGUGGUGGACAAUCCCCGCAAGUUUGCCUUGUUUGAACGGGUUGAGAAAGAUGACCAAGUUUACACUCGUAAGAUUUCCGAUGACGAGCACCCCUUAUACCUGCGACUGUUGGCUGGACCGGAUGACAAAAUGCUAAGCCUUGUCCUCAAAGAGAAUGAGACAGGAGAAGUGAAUUGGGAUGCCUUCACUGUGCCUGAGCUGCAGAACUUCUUGAGAAUCCUUCAGCGUGAGGAGGAGGAGCAUGUCAGACAGAUGUUUGGGAAGUAUGCCCGAUGCAGGCAAAAAAUGCAAGAGGAGCUUGCCAACAGGUCCCCGGGUUGACCGGGAUCCCGCGCCACCCUGUGACGCAAGAGAGAAAGGGUGGGACAUAAAAUACACGCGCACGCGCACAUGUAUGAACGGUGAGAAGGUCUUAAAACCAAUGUUACCUGGCCCAGCCAGCGACAGAGUGUGAACUGUGGAGAAUACAAGUUAUGAGUGGGGUUACUGCGAGUGGAGUGGGAUAUUAAGGGGGAAGGUACACAGCCUCUUCCUGACAUUAUUGAGUGCGACUGAGAAACCGUUUCUGAACAGAACUAUUAAAUGCGGGAAAGUGCUGACCAACAGGGCCAAAUCCCUCUGUCACAGUGACUGACGUUUUGCCGGGAGGCACCAACAUGGACGAGAGGACAGAGAGCUGAUUGUUUUGUUUUCAUUUUGUUCUUUUCUUGAAGUAGGUGGCUGGUUCAUUCACCGUUUCUGCACAAAGUGGGUCAUUGGAACGGUUGUUGUAGCAGCCAGAUUUUAGGUGUCUGUCUUGUAUUUUGGCUAACCCUUCGGGACUGUAGAAUAUUUAGGUAUGAUUAUGGAUGGGAGGGGUUAGCAUAUCUCAGAGUUCAACUUUAAUGACACGUCAUUUCAAAACUUGUGGAAUUCCUUCGUCAGAGAUUUCACAAUCUUAGCCUGGCUACCGGAGCAAGGUCGAUCAGCUGAGAUCAAGGUACUUACUGCAGUAAAAUUUGUAUUAUCUGGCAUGGGCCAUACAUCAGUAAUGCUGGCUAACUCAUUGAGGUUUGUGCUUAUAGUAAAAAAAAUCAAAUAAAAACAUGCCUUGACAUAAACAGCAACCUGAAGUGACUUACAUCCUCUCCACUUGAAUUCUUUUCACUGUACGUACAGAGGAAAAAAUAGUCCAGAAAUUUCCUUUACAAUCACUUCAGACUGAUAACAUCAGUAUCUUGUACAGUAACAGUGAACUGGGGGAGUUGAAGAGGGUGUGCUGGGGAGAAUAUCAGAGAUUCCGGUUCGUGGGGUGCAAGAUAACCUGAAUUUUACUGUGUGUGAUAAGAGAAGUAGAGCUCCCUUGCUCCCUUUGUCCUCCACCUUUUAUCCACUUGCCCCCUCCACCUGCGCAGAACAAUGACUGAAAGCAGUGGCAAAAAUCGUGCAUGACAGCGAAACGGUAAUGUUAAUGGACUAUGAAUCAGCAGACCAGGGCUAAUAGACUAUGACUCUGAAGACAAGAGUUUAAAUUUGACUGUGCAAACUGAAAGAAGUGUAAAUGUAAUAAAUUAAUAAAUCUGGAAUUAAAAAUCAA